AUGGGAGGUCAAUACAAAUUCGAAUCUGGGGAUUCGAGAUCUUCGCGAUUUCACUUGGUUAUCAAAGGUACCAUGACACAAUUAGUGCAAGAGUACACUUAUAUUUCAGGAAUCGAUCUAUCAUGUAACAUUCUCGAUGGAAAUAUUCCAGAAGAGAUAGGUUUCUUAAAAGGACUGGUUACGCUUAAUCUGUCGCUUAAUUAUUUCUCGAACAAGAUCCCCGCAACUGUGGGGAACAUGUCUAGUUUAGAUUCUUUGGAUUUAUGUUCCAAUGGACUUUAUGGACAUAUCCCACAAACUUUAACAUCCAUCAAUUAUCUUGGCUUUUUAAACUUAUCUUACAAUAAUUUAAGUGGCGAGAUCCCAAGAGAACCUCACUUUGAUACAUUGAGUCUUGAUGGUUCCGCUUUUGCCGGGAAUGAUUUAUUGUGUGGAUUCCCUUUAGAUAAAGAUUGUGAAGGUGACAAAAAUAUGGGUACCAGUGAUGCUAAUCCCUCAAAUAAAGUUGAUGAAGACGAUCAUGAAGAUGCGAAUGAAAAGUUUUUAUUGUAUGCUAUCAUUGCCAUGGGGUUUGCAGUUGGAUUUUGGGGUUUGUUUUGCUUCUAA